UUUUAAAAUAUAGAUAAGCAAAUAAACAAUUUAAAUUUAAAAUUUAAAAAUAUUAAGACAUUUAAAACGUACUAGCCUUAAUAGUAAACACCAACAAUAUAGGCAUUUAUAAUUUAGAAAAAUGUCUGAAGAUUUUCUAAAAUGUCAACUAGGCUUUUUAGGUAACACCGAAGGCUCAGCAUAUUUAUCUCAAGGUAAAAGUACUGUUUCUGUGUCGGUUGUUGGACCAUUUGAACCCAAGGCUAGCAAAUGCAUGUAUGACCGUGCUACUGUGGAUGUGACUUUUAGACGAAAAACUGGAAGCAUAACUGUUCAUGACAAAAUGUUAGAAGGUAUAAUGCAAUCAACAUGUGAAAAGUCCCUAGUUGUUGAACAAUAUCCCAGGACAGCAAUUGUUGUAACAGUUCAAGAGAUGCAGGACAGAGGAAAUUUAUUGUCCACUUGCUUGAAUGCUUCUUGUAUGGCACUGAUGAAUUCUGGUAUUGCUAUGCAUCAUUUGUAUGCAGCGGUGAGUUGUGCUGUCACCGAGAACGAAGAAAUCAUUCUCAAUCCAGAUGAAUCACAAAUAAAUUCUUCUGUUGCAUAUUUUACACUAGUGUUUGCGAACUCUGAAACCAGGUUUCUGUUAACUUCGCAUACCACCGGAGAAUUUUCACAGACAACAUAUAUGGAAUGUAUGAACAAAUGUUAUGCAGCUAGUAAAGAAGUUUUUAAAUUUUAUGAAAAUGUCAUAAAAAAAAGUUAUAUUUUCAAUUAAAUGUUUUAAUAUCAGUAAUAUUUUAUCGUUUGACUUUUGUCGUGUUAAAUGUUGAUUAUCUUAACAAAAAAAACCAAAUACCUAUUUUUGAUUGUAAACUUCUUAUGUGAGCAAUAAAUUUUCAUACCAUUGA